UUCAAAUCACAAAACCCAAUCUCCGUUCUAAUUCCUCUUUGAAUAUGUUCGAGUUAUAAUUUUUAAUAUUCAAAGUUUAUUAAAUUUUGUCUAUAAAACGUUAACAUCUUGAAUCAAGAGAUCUAGCAAAAAGCUCGGAAUGGUGUUGAAUUGGUAGUGGGUGUCCAAGCGGGAAGCUCGGCAACUCUAUCAAUUGAGGCUUGAUUUAUAAGUGUUAAAUCUAAUUGUUGAUUAGAGGAACUACAUAAAGAAAGAUGUUUGGUGGUUGGUUCAACAGUGAGAGGUGAGAAAUCAGAAAGGGGUUCGGGGUUGUUUUGCAUGCCGAUGGUGGCAGAGGUUGUGGUUGUUAUCAGGAAUAUCCGGAAUUACAUUCACUUUCAGAAACAGAUGUGACUACAUGGUGUGGCCAGGAAUAUUAUCAAGUGCCGGCAGCACCCCACUAGAUAGCACCGGGUUUGAUCUCGGCCCGGGUGAGUCACGCUCCUUCCAAGCCUCACCCGGUUGGUCAGGUCGGUUUUGGGGUCGAACCGGUUGCACCUUCGACGCAAAUGGUCAAGGAAGUUGCACAACUGGAGAUUGCGGGUCCAACCAAAUGUCAUGCAAUGGGGCUGGCGCAACCCCACCCGCUACCCUAGCUGAGUUUACCAUCGGGUCAGGAUCAAACCCUCAGGAUUUUUACGAUGUGAGCCUUGUAGACGGGUACAAUUUGCCAAUAGCGGUUGAUGCUAGUGGUGGAACGGGUGUGUGUGGUACAACGGGUUGCGUGACUGAUUUGAAUAGAAUGUGUCCUAAUGAGUUACGAGCGGGAGAUGGUCAAGCUUGUAAAAGCGCGUGCGAGGCUUUUGGGAACCCGGAGUAUUGUUGUAGCGGGUCUUUUGGAUCGCCGGACACCUGUCACCCGUCGGUUUAUUCUCAAAUGUUUAAAUCGGCCUGCCCGAGGUCGUAUAGCUAUGCGUAUGAUGAUGCGACGAGUACGUUUACGUGUACGGGUGCGGAUUAUACCAUCACAUUUUGCCCUACAUCAACAAGCCAAAAAUCAUCAACUGAUUCGUCAGUAACACCCUCAACUGGAACGACCAAUACUUCACCGAUGAUUCCUAAAGCAACCCAACCCGGAGAUGAUCCAAACGGGUCAUCUUGGCUGCCAAGUUUCACCAUUGGAGGAUCAUCGACACAAAUUUUCAAUAAUACCCUUACAUGGAUGCUAAUUUCAUUUAUUGUUUUUUGUAAUCUCCAGUUAUGAAAAUAUAUUAUACUUAAACGAAAAUUGUAAUUAAAUGAGAAUUGCUUAACCAUGUUUAGAGGCACAUUCAUCAAUUUGUAUUUCAGAAAAU